GGUUAGUCAUAGAAAUAGUAUAAAUCAGUUUACCAAAUUCAAGAUGGCCGCGCACACGAAAACGUGCUCCCAGGUUAUUUUACGAAAUAUUUCUCGAUUAACACCUAAAAGAAUAUCAACAAGAAGUGUAUCUUAUGCUGCUCAAACGCAAAUACGCAGCGCUCAAAAUGGUCAUCUACGAAGAACCCACCUAAACAAACUCCCAGCCAGUACUUGGCGGUUUUUAUCAACGCAACCAGAGGCAACUAGUGAAGACACAGAAGAAGACUUGCAUAAUAUAAUCAAGGACGAAGAAAAAGUUGUUGGGCAAGCAAAUGAACACGAGUUUCAAGCUGAAACAGCAGAAUUGCUGGAUAUUGUUGCUAAAUCACUUUAUUCCGAAAAUGAGGUUUUUAUCCGGGAAAUUAUCUCAAAUGCGAGUGACGCGUUAGAAAAACUUCGAUAUAAUCGACUUACUACUGAUGGUGAGGGUGGAGAAGCCCCACAAAUGGAAAUUCACAUUCGCACCGAUAAAUAUGAGAACACCUUCACAAUCCAGGACACAGGUAUUGGGAUGACCAAGGAGGAAUUAUCUUCAAAUCUUGGAACUAUUGCAAGAUCAGGGUCAAAAGCGUUUCUCAAGCAAGUUGCAGAUAAAGGAGAUGCUGGUUCAUCCAUCAUUGGACAGUUUGGUGUCGGUUUUUAUUCAACCUUUAUGGUUGGAAGUAAAGUUACUGUGUAUACCAAAUCUCAUGAUCCCAACAGCAAAGGGUACAGUUGGACCUCUGAAGGCGGUGUAUCAUAUAAGAUCACAGAAGCAGAAUCUGUAAUGCCCGGAACCAAAAUUGUGGUCACGCUGAAACCGGACUGCAGGAAAUUUGCUGAAGAAGAGACCGUGAAGAGCAUAAUAAAGAAACAUAGUGCUUUUGUUGGAUUUCCAGUAAGACUGAAUGGAAAACUACUGAAUGCCGUCAAGCCACUCUGGACACUUGACCCAAAGGACAUUGACGAAGAUCAACAUUUAAAUUUCUUUCGCCAUCUGACAAACAACCAGAGUGACCAUUAUCUUUAUAAAUUGUUUUAUAAGACGGAUGCUCCAUUAAAUAUAAGAAGUAUUUUCUAUGUAUCUGAACAACAGCCUACCAUGCUUGAAAUGGCCAGGGAUGCUUCUGGUAUGUCGGGUGUAUCAUUGUACAGCAGGAAAGUUCUUGUCCAACACAAGACGACCAAUCUCCUUCCAAAGUGGCUUCGCUUUUUAACAGGAGUAGUUGACAGUGAGGAUAUUCCGCUCAACUUGAGCAGAGAACUGCUUCAAAACAGCGCUCUUAUAAGUAAGCUGCGUGAGACACUGACAAGUCGUUUGAUUCGUUACUUUUUGGAUCAAAGUCGUCGCGACCCUGAAAAAUAUUUAAAAUUUCAUGCCGGUUACAAACUGUUUAUCACAGAAGGAGUUUUGUCUGAAGACAUGCAGGAAAAAAGGGAAGAAGUUGCUCAAUUAUUGAGAUACGAAUCAUCCACUCUUCCUGAAGGAGAAGUCACAAGUUUUAAAGAUUACAUUACAAGGAUGGGAGAAGAACGUAACAUUCUAUAUUUGUGUGCACCAAGCCGAAGCUUAGCUGAAUCUUCACCCUACUUUGAAUCACUUAAAAACAGCGGAAGAGAAGUUUUGUUUUGCUAUGAUCCAUAUGAUGAAGUUACUUUACUACAACUGAAAACCUACUCUGGGAAACAACUCUUCUCUCUUGAGAACGAAGUGGUUGCCAAUUCCUACCAAAAUGAAAAGGACACAACACCAAAGGCAGAUGGUGAAUUGACAAUGUCGGACUCACAGAGCAAAGAAUUGACUGAUUGGGCAAAGGCAGCACUGGAUCUGAAAGUCACAGAUGUGAAGGUGACUGACAAACUUGACAAGCAUCCAGCAAUGGUGACAGUAUGGGAAAUGGGUUCAGUUCGCCACUUCUUGAAAAGUCAGUAUUUAACGGACCCCAAAGGACUUUCUGAAAGUGAACGAACUGCUUUGUUUAAGCCAACACUUCAACUCAAUGCUGUGCAUCCAAUUGUAAUGAAACUUACCUCUCUUAAGAACGAAGAUGAAGAUCUUGCCAAAGCUUUGCUGGAGCAGUUGUAUGAUAAUGCUAUGGUGUCAGCUGGACUGUUUGAAGAUGCUCGACCCAUGGUCAAUCGACUCAAUGACCUGCUUACUAAAGUACUUCAGAAGCACUAAUCAAAACGAAAACUAUACAACUUCUGGAAAACUAUUCAAUACAGCUAUCUUAAUCAUGUAAAUUUUAUUGCACAAUGUGAGCUUAUGAGUGCACCAAUAUAUAUGUUAGAAAUUAUCUACUACACUACAAACCCAUCUCUGGAAGUAAAUUAUUUGCAAACAGUAAUUUGUCCACCAUGUCCGCAGGUGUUACCACACGUGUUGAACCUACAACAACCUGUAUAAAUAAUAAAGUGAUAAACCAUAUGUGUAUUGUUGCAUUUGUGUCAUUUAUGUGCUGUUACAAUACAAAGAAAAGGAUAAAUA